UUUCAGCUCAAUUUCUUCGAGAGAGUUCGAGGAGCACCCGGCGAACCAUUUGCUGGGAUAGGCGCAUUCCCUCAGUUUACCUGGUUGCUGUUAUAAACAACAUCAUGGACUUUCACAUUACGACCACAGGCACUUUUUGCCUUGAGAGGUUAGGCAAACCUCUCAGAGAUGAGAGGGCAUCGUUUUGGCUACUGCACCAUAUCGGAUAUUGAAUAUCUACAUCGUACUUAGUCAGGUGUUUAAGGAGACCUUAUUUGUACAUCCUGUGGUGAUGGGCUGCGAAAGCAUCGCGAAAGCCUUUUUUUCACCGUCUGUAGGGGGAAUGGGUCCCGACAGGAUCAGGCAUUGAAGAAGCUACCGAUUGACCAAUCGGAAUACACAUGCACAAAUGAGGUUUAAAGUGGAUUCUCCGUUCCGCUUGCCGGCAACGUCACCGAGUCCGAGCGGCGCCGCCCCCCCAUGGCCGCAAGCGCACUCCAUCUCAUCUCACGAACGUCCCACGAUCCGACCUCGCCAGUUCCUGCAACGCGAACUUGCCAUGCUUGCUGUUUUUCUUCUAGAGAGAUCGGUUUUGGCAUUGAGUUGCUCAAGGUUUGUACGUGCUCGCUCGGCGUGCCUAAUCCCUUACCCCGGAAGCUUCGGCGCAAUCUCGAAAGGAAGGGCUUUGCCGUCUCAUCUCACACGGCCGUUCGUGCUCGAUUUGACGAUAUAUAUGUAUAGAUAUAUAUCUCACCCCUCGAAAUCACCAGAAAACACAUCCCAUAGCAUUGCCUAACUGCCGUUUCACCAUCCCGUCUUUGCGUCUGUCUUUCCUGUUCUCAAAACCCGGUCUCUUUCAAAAUCUCAACUCGACAACCCCCCACAGCCAAAUAAUAACAAUGGAGGAUUCCCUCCCAACCGACCUCCGCCUCCUAACUCUCAACUGCUGGGGCCUCAAGUACAUCUCCAAACUCCGCCCCGAGCGCCUUGCGGAGAUCGGCCGCCGCAUCGCCUCCCGUCCGGACCCGCCCCACGUCGUCGCCUUGCAGGAAUGCUGGGUAACGGCUGACUAUGAUGCCAUCCGCGCCGAGACCCGCCACAUCCUCCCCUACGGCAAGUUCUACUAUUCAGGUCCCUUCGGCGGCGGCCUCGCCAUCCUCUCCCGCUGGCCCCUCGAGGAGACCUCGAUGCUCCGGUACCCCCUCAAUGGCCGGCCCACCGCCUUUUGGCGCGGCGACUGGUACGUCGGGAAGGGCGUCGCCUGCGCCCGCAUCCGAAUCCGUCUCGCCGACCCUUCAUCAUCUUCUUCUUCUUCCGCCUCCUCCUCGGGGGCCGGCAGAGAACACACCCUCAGCAUCUUCAACACCCAUACCCACGCUCCCUACACCGAGAACCAGCCCGGCGACACCUACCUCGCCCACCGCCUCUCUCAGUCCUGGGAGAUGUCCAAGCUCCUCCGCGCCGCCUCAGAACGCGGCCACCUCGCCCUCGCCAUGGGCGACUUCAACAUGCGGCCCCUGAGCCUCCCACACCGCAUCAUCACCGCCCACGCCCCCGUCCACGACGCCUGGCGGACUCUGCACCCGGACUCGUCCCUCGGCGCCGCCGACGACCCGCUGGAGAGGGCCCGCGGCCGGCCCGUGCCGACGGCGGACUUCAACCUCAAUGAGAACGGCGCCACGUCAGAUCACGCCUACAACACCUGGCGCUGGCCCAAGGAGCAGCAGAAGAAGCUGGGAAAGGGGCGCGGCAAGAUCACGGUGCCGCCGGACACGCCGGAUAGGAAGGGGAAACGCCUGGAUUACAUCUUCUUCGGCAGUGCGCCCCAGUCCCGCGAUGACGACGGUGCUGGCGGCGGAAGAUGGGUCGUCCGCAGCGCGCGCGUAGGCAUGGUCGAGCCGCAUCCCCAGCUAGGCUGUUCACUGAGUGACCACUUCUCCGUGGAGGUGACGCUGUCGUAUCGUAACCCCCGUCGCGAACCCGAGCAAGUCGGCAACGACGCCCUUCCAGAUGAGGCGUCCUAUCUCCAGGGCCCUCCAGCCAACUCCCGCCGAGACUCCUUCAUGUCCGCCAAUCCACUCGUCCCGCUCAAGGCAUUGUUUCUUCCCAUCCCGGUCUACGACGACAUACUCUCUGAGAUACGACGCUACGCUCAUCGAGAAGAGGGCCAACGACGCUGGCGGGCGAUACACUUUCUCGCCUGGUUCACUGUGCUGAUAGCAUGUCUCAUCGCCGUGUGGUUCAGCCCGCAUAACUUCAUUGCCUUCAUACUCAUGCUCUUGAGUAGUCUCGGUUUGGUUGCUGGCGUUGUCGACGGCCUCAUGUCACUCCUAUUUUUUAACUCAGAGCUUAGGGCUCUGAAAGAGUUUGAGUGGGAGAUCAGCAAUGUGAGAGAAUUAGCAGGCGUCGAUUCCGGGGAGCUUGAUAGGGAAAAGUCUUUCUGAAACUUACCAGACACGUCAUGUCGAUGUGACAGAACGUUUAUGCGGCGAAAGAUGCAGAAGUGAGGGGCUUAAGAGACGGCCGAAAAGUCGCGGAGCGUGUUUGACGCUGAUCUGGUGCUUAUCCACACGCGUCAAUCAGAAGCAGCCAUAAUGAACAAUAAUAUCUAUUUCUAUUC